UUUAAACAAACCAGAGAGGCGGCAGCGCAGAUCAGAGCUCUCACACACUCUCACACACACUCAAACUCAUACAGCUGUUCAACGCUGAGGAAAGUCCAGUGAGCUGAGCGUGAAUCUGAGACAGAGGACAGAGCGAGACAUCUGCACCUGAAAAGCAGAGUAUAUUGAAGGAGAAGCAGCCGGGGACAUCCCAGGACAGAGCUGAAGGAGUGGAGAUAAACCAGACCAGACCUUUGCCCCAAACUCUCUGUCGGUCCCCCCUCCAGCCAAACCCCGACUGAAGCUCCACAUUCCCGCAGGAUCUCUCUCUCAGACGUUAGCUCACAGACUGAGAGGCUGUCUGGCUCGUUUCCAGAGGGACGCCAGUAGCUGUACCGAUGGAAGCCCCAACCCUGGCUGAGAUCGGAGACUUGUGUCACCCCCGGCCUUCCUCUCCAGAGGGGGAGACCGUGUGUGCAGCUCUAGCCCGUUAUGAGAACACUCUCCGGGAUGCCAUCAGGGAGAUCCACGUGGACGUCAGCGCGUUCAAGCUAGGCAUGGAGCGUCGUCUGGAGGAGACGGCCAACCUGAGCGGGCCUCUCGGACGAGCCGUGGCUCAGCUCCAGCAGGAGAACCGGCAGCUCAGGAGUCAGCUGGAGGCUCUGAGCCGACAGGUGGAGCUGCUGAGCGGGAUGACGUGUGACAGGAGCACCUUGGUUAACAACAACAACCACAGUAAGAGUCACAAGAAUCACCUCUGUGACAUUCAGGAGAACCAUCAGGAGAUUAAAGAGGUGAUCUACGGGAAGGGCCAGGCUCACACUAACAGUCACACUCAGAGCCAGACUCUGCUCCACAUCCAGCCCUGCAGCCUGGGGAGCCAAGCCCAGACCUACAGCAGCCAGUCCAGUCCUGCGUCCCCACCUGCCACCUUCUCAUCCUCACCCAGCUCCAGCAGUCCUCCUGUGGGCUCCAGAGUUUCCUCCAUGGUGACGGGCCCCGUGUCGAGCAGCAGUCCCACCACGGCCCGCUUCUCCAGCCGAGCCACAUUUGCCGUGUCCAGCAAGACUAACAGUAUUGAGCGAGAGGAGCCAAUAGAGGUGGACCCGGCCCCGACACAUGCCGGACUGGAGAAUGGACACGCUGUUCACACAGAACAUUCAGAGUUGGUACACGGAAAGAUCUCUCCACCCAACGACUUCCCACAUGAGCACACGGCCCCUGUUGCGAUGCGGAUGCCCCAUCUUCCCAUCACCGCCACAACCAAGACGGCAGAAAUUAAGGGCCCCGACUCUCCCAGCAGCCCUGUUGGUUCUCGCUCCUCUCCAGUCUCUGAGGCGUCACCUACCGGCCAAUCAGCUGCUAGCAUCAACCAGAGCCAACCAAUAGAGGAGUCUCCAAUUCAACCGGUAUCUUCUACGUGGACCCCUACACCUGUCAGAGCUCUGGGAUCCCCCCGCCUUCAGGAGAAAGCAAAUUCAGCCCCAGCUAAGUCUGUGACCUACUCAGGACUGAUGCAUGACAGAGACGGUGAUGUAAGCAGUGACAGAUCCUUCGGGCAUGUAGGAGAGAGGAGGCGGGAGCUGGUCAGGUCGCAGACUCUUCCGCGUAACAUCGGCGCUCAGGCUCGUCGAUCCAUCUUUGAAAGACUGGACUCUGAAGCCAGUAACAGUCGCCCCAAACCAGUGGACUCAAAACCCAAACUGAAGCGGUCUCAGAGUUUUGGGGUGUCCAGCGCCAGCAGCAUCAAACAGAUCCUUCUUGAGUGGUGCCGCUCCAAGACCAUAGGCUACCAGAACAUCGACAUCCAGAACUUCUCGUCCAGCUGGAGCGACGGGAUGGCUUUCUGCGCUUUGGUCCACUCCUUCUUUCCCACUGAGUUUGACUACAACUCUCUGUCGCCCGCCAACCGCAAACACAACUUUGAACUGGCCUUUGGGACUGCAGAACUGAAGGCGGGCUGCGACCGGCUGAUCGAGGUGGACGACAUGAUGAUCAUGGGUCGUAAACCGGACCCCAUGUGUGUCUUCACCUACGUCCAGUCCCUCUACAACCACCUGCGCAAGUUUGAGUGACGCUGCAAAGCGGAGGAUCUCAUUUUCUGCACGGCUCUUCCCUUUAGACGUUUUUUCAACCUCUCCUUCGUUCUCUGCACACAACUUUGAGCCGAGAAGAGACCCUGAGCCGGCUUUGAAAAGACUUCCCUGCCCCCCGGUGGUGGAGCGGUGAACGUCCCUCCACGUGCUGCAGGAAAAGUGUUCACAGCUCACAGAUACACAGAGUGGAUGUUGACCUUUGGGGAUAAAACUGUGUUUGUGUGUGUGUCCUGUUAAAUGCAACGAAGAGAUGGACUUACACACAGACAUCAGGGUGGAUUUGUCAAAGGGUUUGUGUGUGUGUGUGUGUGUGUGUGUGUGUGUGUGCGUGUAGUUAAGAUAAGACAGCAUGAAAGUGUUGUUGUUUUAUGUAAAUCUUCACAUUGCAUAUUUGAAAGUGAGCGUCCACAUUAACCUUUAUUAUUGUUGUGUUUAAUUUUGCACCAAAGGGGAGGAUGUGUGUUUCACAACAGUCACUGAAUCACUAAACUGUCGGCCACUGUGGGCAGAAUAACUGACAGAGUAAAAUGUUUGUAAAAUGGAGCUGAUUACUGAAUAUUUACAUCCACGUAUGCUGUGAUAUCGUUUCAUUGAUAUGGAAAAUCAAUAAAUUGUACUGUUUGACA